UCAUACACUGAUGCUACGUUGACGGUGGUGGGCGGGCGCAGCUAAGAAAAUUAUAAGGUCAUUUGAAUUAGGCUUGCUAGCGAGGUUAUCGGCUGCAAUGAUCACUGAAAUCAUAUAAGUGUUUGUGACAAAUGAACGGACGAUGAUCACAGUGUCAGAGUCGACGCUCACAGUCGGGACGAACUGACUCCAGAUCCUCCGGAGGAGAGGGGAGAAGACAAGCAGCAGCACCGGCGGCGGCAGCGGCGGCGGCAGCAGCAGCAGCAAAAGUGUGGUAUUAACACCAGGAGAGGAUCCCGGUGCGUGCGUCUGUCUAUCUGUGCGUUUCUGUGAGAGACUCUCUGUCAAAGCCAGAGCAGCGGAGGUGGCGGUCAGGCUAGCUCAUAAGCCGAUCAAGGUGGAAACGCACACAGCGAGGUUUCACGUCAGGGAUUUCUACGCAUCUUCAUGCUGUAACGGUGUGAGACAAGUGCGAGGAUGAUGCGAUUAGGGUGCUGCACAGCCCUGCUGUUCGUGCUGAGGCUGCUGGUGGGCUUGCCUUGGUUCCAGGUUAUUCCGGCCAUCCUGAUCUUCUACCUCGGAAGCGGAGGAUGGAGCUUCCUGCAGAUUUUUGCCAAAACAAUUGGCAGAGACUUACAUGCGGCAGGUGUGUUAUUGCGAGUGAAGAUGAAUGUCAGGCGACAUCUCAAAGAGAAGAACACAAUUCCCAAGAUCUUUGCGGAAACAGUGCGCCGCCACGGGGACAAAGCGGCGCUCAUCUUCGAAGGGACCGGCGAGAAGUGGACCUUCCGGCAGUUAGACGAGUAUUCCAACAGAGUGGCCAACCUGCUGCUACAGCGGGGUUUUAAGGAGGGUGAUGUGGUGGCUCUCUUCAUGGAGAACCGGUCCCAGUACGUGGGUCUGUGGCUGGGAAUGGCCAAGAUUGGAGUCGAGGCUGCUCUCAUCAACUUCAAUUUAAGACUGGAGGCCUUGGUCCACUGUGUCACCAUCUCCAAUGCCAAGGCUGUGGUGUUUGGUUCAGAGCUGACUGACGCCGUUUCCGAGAUCCACAGUUCAAUGGGGAAGGCGGUGCAGAUGUUCUGCUCUGGAGACUGGGACCCCAAACGAGUCCCACAGGGAACGGAAUGCCUAGAGACCCUGCUGCCCAGUGCCCCGUCUCACCUGCCCAGCCGACCUCUGCGUGGCUUCACAGAUCGCCUGUUCUACAUCUACACGUCAGGAACCACUGGGAUGCCUAAAGCUGCUAUUGUUGUGCACAGCAGGUACUACCGCAUGGCAGCUUUGGUUUAUUAUGGCUUUAGGAUGACAUCAGACGAUGUGCUGUAUGAUUGCCUUCCACUCUACCACUCUGCAGGAAACAUUGUGGGAGUGGGCCAGUGUCUUAUACACGGCAUGACUGUAGUCAUCAGAAAGAAGUUCUCUGCCUCGCGUUUCUGGGACGACUGUGUCAAGUACAACUGCACUAUUGUGCAGUACAUUGGCGAGAUCUGCAGAUACCUGCUCAACCAGCCAGUUCGCGACUCGGAACAGCAACAUCGGGUGCGCAUGGCGCUGGGUAACGGCCUUCGUCAGUCCAUAUGGGAAGAGUUCAUGAACCGCUUCAACAUCCCACAGAUUGCAGAGUUUUAUGGCGCGACAGAGUGCAACUGCAGCCUGGGCAACUUUGAUAACAAGGUUGGAGCGUGUGGCUUCAACAGUCAGAUUUUACCCUAUGUCUACCCUAUCAGACUGGUGAGGGUUGAUGAAGAGACCAUGGAACUCAUUAGGGGACCUGACGGCGUUUGCAUUCCCUGUAAACCUGGUGAGCCUGGCCAGCUGGUAGGCAGGAUCAUUCAGAAUGACCCUCUUAGGAGGUUUGAUGGUUAUGUCAACCAAUCAGCAACCAGCAAGAAGAUUGCUCACAGUGUUUUCAAGAAGGGAGACAGUGCCUAUCUCUCUGGUGAUGUGCUGAUCAUGGACAAGCACGGUCACAUGUACUUCAAGGACCGCACAGGAGACACUUUCCGCUGGAAAGGAGAGAAUGUCUCUACGACAGAGGUUGAGGGGACACUCAGCAGGCUCCUAGACAUGAAAGACGUUGUCGUGUAUGGCGUGGAAGUGCCAGGAGCAGAGGGAAAGGCCGGGAUGGCAGCCGUCGCUGAUCCGUCUCACACCUCAGACCUGGAGAAGUUGGUGAAGGACAUGGAGAAGGCACUUCCUCCGUACGCCAGACCCGUUUUCCUUCGCUUUCUCCCCGAGGUCAACAAGACAGGAACAUUUAAGUUUCAGAAGACAGAGUUGCGUAGAGACGGCUUUGACCCGAGCGCCACAUCGGACAGACUCUACUUCUUGGAUUCCAGCAGAGGGCGCUAUGUGCGGCUGGACGAUACGUUUUACCGCUCGAUACUGUCAGGGAAACACAAAUUGUGAUGCCGAGGCUGAGCCGCUAGAUUUACACAUGUACACACGGACACUCGCAUACACAAACACAUGCAGAGAAAGAGACAAGGGGGGAAAUUGUAAGAGCAGGAAACCUGAAUGCACAACCCGGUCCCUCAUUUACUCUACUCCACACAUAUAAAAAAAAAAUACACAUACAAUGAUAGCCAUACUCGUUCUGUGCACACAUUUAAAUGCCAACACAUUCGCACAUAAUACACAGACGCCAGAUAGUCCUUUGAUCCCUAAAGCAAACAUACUCUAAUGCACACACACACUUACACACGCAACACCAUUUUACUCAUCACCUGAAAUCUCCCUGGCAACUUCUCUCGCUACCUCAGCAAACACAGAGAGGCAACAACUCAGUAACCAGGUCUCACAUGGCCCACGAGCAGCCCCCGACGUCUUCAUCGUGGUCCAUCACACCACGUGAUUUGCUAGGGGGGGGGACAUCACUAGAGGGCGGGGGGUGGGAGGUGUUUUGAGGAAAAGCAGGCUGCCUGGCAUCUGGAAUGCCAAAACCUGAAAACUAGAGACGACAACGGACUUUAUGGAGGAUAAAUGGGAACGUGGAUUGUACAGUUUGUGGGACAGAGGAGGGACCCGCAAGGACCUUAACACUUUCUCUCUCCCUCUCUCUCUCGUUGUUAUUUUAGCAAGAUUGUUUUGUGAAAGACUGGAGCCUGUAUCGUUGACUUCACCUGCACAAUUGGCCAGCAGGUACAAACCUGUGAUAACUACACCUUUUUCCUUUUCAUCUGAAGUUGACUUUUUUUUUGUCCCUCUCCCUUGAAUCUCCUGAUGUCCUUGUCUUCAUUUCCAGUUUGCAAUUAAAAUGAAGACAGGACACCAAGGCGGCGGCGGGGAGGUGAUAUAUAUGAAAUGUGAAAAAAGCCUUUUGAAUUGCAUCCAACAGCUACAGAGGUUGAGUUAGACCAGUGGUUGAAGCUGAUUUCUCUACUGAAGUGCAAUAGGGCUCCAGCCUUGCAAUAAACAUCAACACACACACACACACACAAGAGCUGAUAUUAAACAAAAAGUUUUGCGUUUAAAAUAUGUCUGCAUUACACCAAAUAUAUUUAAGUUGGAGUGUUUGUUUACAUAUUUAAAAGAAUAUGAACACUUUAGUUAAUUUAUGUUGUAAAAGCUUUCUCUUUUAUUUCUAGUCCAAAUGUAUCAGGGUAUUUAUUUUGUAUGUGUAUCGCUCGCUAUUGGGAGUCCUCGUAAAUGAAGCUGCUGUUCCAGGCUGGGUAUUGAUUUGAAAAAAAAGAAUUGUCACGGUAUCGAUAUCAAUAACUUUGAUGCUGAUUCCUCAACAAAAAAACGUUGAACACACGUUUUAAGCCCCAGCUUCCUCCUCCAUAUUGAUAUUGGGUGAUAUAGAGGACAUUUGAUCGAUACCGAAAAAGUAUUAAAGUUCCAUACCCAGCCCCUACUGCUGUUUUCAUUCUAUAUCAGCUGCUCAAAUCACAAAGUAAAGUAAUCUGACCGAUUCAACCCUGGGCUAAAAACAUUGGGCUAUUUCCAUUUCCAUACACAGCGCUGUUCACUUGCUGAGCUGAGGUGCAGUAUCAUCCGUGGCUGUAUUGUGCAGGUUUUGUCGUAAAAAGAAGUUGGUGUGUGUGUGUGUGUGUGUUAGAGUGAGUGUGAGAAUAUUCUUCUGAAUCCUAUGAAGACUUGACUGAACAGAGCGUAGCACUGAAUCGCCUCAUUGGCAAGCACUCUUGUUUUUAAACAAUAUCCUGUUGCUCUAGACGGAUGUUCUGCCAGAAUCAGGAAAGCCGAACGAUCCAAAGAUUCAAAGGCAGGGAGUAGGGACAUUGUAAUGUAGAGGGUGCAUUUAAGAAAAAAAAAAAAAAAAGAAGAGGAGGACAUGUGAUUUAUCAUAAAUUGUCUUGUCUUAUGAUUUGGAGUCGCUGUCAUCGGAGCAUUAUCAACCACAAGCAGAGCACUGUGCCUUACUGUGAGUUCACCUCCCAGAUUCGCAGGCGCUGGCCCACACUUUGUUUGCUGCUCACUGAGCGUCCGCCUGUCUGUCUGUCAUAAUCUCAUGUGUUGUGUCCAUGUUUUCAGCCGAGUGUAGCCUCACACAGCUGGCAAAACUCACAAUUUACUCGUAAAACAGUUUCUUCAAGGCUCUCGUCAUCUGCCCAGGUGCAGGACAUGUUAGUUAGUGUUGAUGUGUCGCUAGGCAAGGGUCAAAACAUCAGGACAACAAUCAUAGCAAUUUGUGAAAACUCACUGUCCCUCACAUCUGGCACUCGUGCUGCAAUUCGACUGUUAUUUUCACAAGUGGUGAUCAAUUAGUUUAGUUUAGUUUGUUGAAAAAGAAUAGUAAUUGGUGUUUGCCAAACCUCAUGAUGUAUUCUUUUUGCCCACAAACCAAAGAAAGAUAUUUUACUGUUUACUGUCCAAAGCAAAAAUCUGAAAAUGUAUCAAAGAAAAACACUUAAUUAUGAGAAUAGAAUAAUAGGGGGAUUCAUUUAGUUGUUGAUUACUAAAGUAUUAUUGAUGCAGUCACAGUCCUCACUGUAACCUGCUGUCUUUGAUAAGCGUUUGUUUAUGACAUGAUCUUUCAGCUGAGUCACCAUUUGCUCAGCACAUUUAGUGAAAGCCUUUAUUAGUCCUCUCCAUUUCAUCAUCUCUUCCCUCUGUCCUCCAUCUUGUCUUCUUCUUCUGACCAUUGCCCUUCAUCUGUUCAAGGACACAAGCGACUGUCUGAAUGUCUGCUUCAUCUUGGUGUGUGUGUGUGUGUGUGCGUUGUUCAUUCACACACUGAUAAAAAAAAAAGUUCACAUAAUUUCCUAAUUGGGGAUUCUUUUCGAGGUGCUUUGCUUGUGGUUCUUUUGUCAACUUUUGAGAUUGGUUUGGUGGAGGGUUUUGGUAACGCAAAGCUCCAACUGCAGGUUCAGAAAUUGCUCUUUCCUAUGUGCGUAAUUUGUCAUUUUCUUGUCUUUCUCCAUACCUUUUUACAAGUGAUUCCAUCCUACGUCACCCACCAGUGCAGCAGUGGCAGGUUGUUGCCAACAUUUGAAGACUGAGUUUUCGUCAUGUGAGUCUGAUUCUCAGUAACAGCUUUCUUAAGUUUGCACUGACUCACAAACACAGUUGACCUUGACUGCUCUCACUCCGUAUUCUCCCAUUUUGGUGAAUUAGACCAAUGAAGGCAUUUGCCAGAAACUGACAUUCAUCCCUGCUCCCUGUUUGUAGUUCAGUCACAUGUUCUUUAAUGACGAGUGUGAUUUAUCAUGAAUGUCUGAAAAGCAAAAUGAGUGAUGAUGAUUUUGUAAAGUAUCAUUUUAUAUAAUAUAUAUAUGUAACAUAUAUAUAUAUAUAUAUAUAUAUAUAUAUAUAUAUAUAUAUAUAGCAGGGAAAGCAGUUUGGCUGUUAUGAUGCUUCUGAGGGGUUACGUUUGUUUAACCCGGACCACCAGGGGGCGCAUGACUGAACAGCCCCACAUUAGAGCACUCUGAAUAAGAUGUUUCUAUUUACUUUUUCUUUUUUUUCCCUUUUUUUAUGGAAUUAAAUUAUUAUUAUUAUUUUGGAGUAACUGUUGAUUAUGUUUUUGAUUGUUUCACUGUUAUGUGUUUGUGUUAAAUUGCAGCUUUGUGACUUUGGUAUAAAAGGGGAUUUGUGCACGAGUGGAAGACAAUCAGAUCAGCAGUUGUUUUUAUGUCUUUUUUGCACAAGCAAAAUACCCGGUUAUUAUACAUUUUGUGGAUCAAAUUGGUUGUAAAUGUUGACCAGACCUGGACACUGUAGGUCAGUAAAGUGUGUGUGUGUGUGAAGCAGCUGAAGGCCUGCAGGGAGUGAAGGGUCUGUGGGAGAGUAGAGAGUUUGACUCACCAGCCAGUUUUGUCCAGAGGGGGGCGCUGUACCUUCACCAAAACUGUCUCGGGCUAGAGAAAGUUCAAGUCAAGUGUACUUGGUGUCUCUUGCAGUCUUUGGAUUGUUAGUGGAAGAAUUAUAUACAACUGUGACUAGAAGUGUUUGUGUUUCACUGAGAUCUCAUGUGAUUUAUUUUGAACAUGUGGAUUGUUUUCCUAAUUCCAACAAAGAAUAAUGUUAUUAUAAUCGUUAAAUUCUCAUCUUUAAUAUUUUUCCGCUAUAAAUGCCUGUCAACCAAAUUAUAAUUUACCAGGUAAUCUGUACGUUUACUUUAUUUACAUUGCUAUCAGACAGAUGCCAGUCCCCUAGAAAUUACAAGAUGGUGUCUUUUGAUGAGUAGUUGUGCUCCAAGGUGAACGAGCAAGUCCCUGAAUUUUAAAAAUGCAAAACAAAAACGACUUGUAAUCAAAAAUAAAAUUACUCCUAAGGGCAGAGUGAAGUUUGUAAUAAUGUGAGAAAGGAUUAUUGCACAUUGUGUGUGUGUGUGUGUGUGUGUGUGUGUGUGUGUUUGUCAUGUCUCACGCCGAUCAACAUUAUUCAACCUGCUUUUUCCUCUUUCGCUCGCUGUCAAAGUCCUCGGAAAUGUCUAAAAGGUCUAUACAAGAAAGCAAGUCUGCCUGUGUGUGUGUGUGUGUGCGUGUGUGUGUAGUGGAGGUCUGUGAGGUUUGCUAAGUGUGUGUGUAUGUGUGCAAAGACACACACACUCACACACACUGAUGUUCCUCUUGUCCACAGAAGGCUAGCUGUAUACAUCAUGCAUUUCAAGAAAAAUGAGAUCAAAUCAGUGCUGCAAAUGGAAAUUAUUUCAUCAUUAUUAAUAAAAAAAAAAAUAUAUCAAUUGUU